CUCCAAGUACGGCAGCGCCAACCACUCCUAAGCCAAGCGUGCAGCAGAACUUCACAUGCAAAGAUGGUAACACUACAAAGUUUAGUUUGACUGGAUCUUUCACUCUGUUCAUCACCUACAACAAAACGAAUGGUCUAACGACGAUUCCCAUCGAAGUUCCCCAAACAAAGAACUUUCAGGGAACUUGUGGCAACACUAGCACCGAGUCGCUGACCUUUACAUUCUUCAAUGGCUGGAGUAUUACUUACGUCUUUCAAGAGGAGGUCAGCAUUGAGAAUGGGCUCCUGUCGGCAACUAACAAAUAUUAUGUCUCAAACAUAACGGUGGUAUACGUCCAUGAUGAACAUCUGCCAGACACCACUACGCCAGAAUUAAAAGUGGAAUCUAAAAUUGCACAAGAUCGUUACUUGGAGGCUACGACAGAUGGCUACUAUACUUGUCAAACGAACAUUUCACUGGCGAUAAACAAGGAUGUGACGCUUACGACUGCUGAUUUCAAAUAUAAGGCUUUCAAUAACCAAGGGGACAUUAAUCUGGAUAGUGGGACGGUGUACGAAUGCCCAAAAGACGAAGAAACUAGCAGCAUUGUGCCCAUUGCUGUGGGCGCUGCCUUGGCUGGCCUGGUCAUCAUCGUCUUGAUAGCCUAUCUCAUUGGACGCAAGAGAUCCCGUAAGACUGGAUAUGAAACUGUCUGA